AUGACCAACGGAAUCGAAUUGGCUAAUUGUGAUGGACAAUUAACACAAAUUAUCAUUGCAUAUCACUUUUUUACCCUCCAAUGGCUAGCACAAAGUCUUGCAAAGAAUACGUUACCAAGGGUAGCGAGGCAGGAGAUCAUACCAACUUUGCCGAAAUUGUUUCUCACAACAAGUAAUCACAGGCUCUGGAUAGCCAAAGCGCCUUAUAAUGAAAAGUAUCAGACAAAUUGUAUGAAAUUGAUCAGGGCCUUCAUUAAAGUGUUGGAAAGUCAAAAAAAGCAUUACAGAUUGGAAAUUACGUGUCUCCAGAUCAAAUUGAUGGACUUUACUAAUCACUCUGACACGGAAGACUUUGAUUAUGUUGCCGGAGCUGAGCCGUUCAUUCAAGACACCAAGUUUGCACAAUUUAAGGACACUCACGGAUCAGGCAUAUUGGAUUUGAAGCAAGCAAAAAUGACUACCAUCAUUCCUCUCACUUGUGCAGUACCAACUGAUGACUCCUUGCGGCCCGUCAAUGACACAUGGGCUCCAUCACCCUCAAAGGCAACAAACUUUGAAUCAGCGAGGUCUAUUUUGGCUUCGUUUUCAUUAUCUACGGUGAGUGCGUUGUCGAGCCAGCAAAUAGCGUUGUUGGACUCGGUCACUUUAUUCUGCAAGGACAAUCUCGGACCCGAACUCGUUCCAUUCCUCGGGCAGUUAUAUGAGCUAUUCAAGCGUCACAACCAGUUGAAAAGAGUUCGCAAUGUUUCAAAUUUGUUAUUCAAGUUAGGGAAGAAGAUUAACGACACUGAACUACUAAAUUUGGCCAUUGGUUAUGAACUUUUCAUUUUCCAGCGUCAACAAUCAGAAAGAGAUUUUGAGCUACUUGUGGGCAAGUUGAGAAUGGUUGACCAAUACACUCCUUACAUGAUGAGGACUUUGUUGCAAGCCUGUGAGAUAUGCAAGAAAAUUGAUACACCAACACUCAGUUUGAUUAACAAGGUACUACUGAACAAUUACGCACUUUCCGGGUGCUUGAAUGAAGUUGAUGAGCAAUUUCGCUUCCAAUUAGUAAUGGAUAUAUGCAGGGGAAUGAACAACCAAAAAGAGGAAAAGUCUGAUAUUUGCAAUGCCAUUGUCAACGGGGUAAGAUUUUCUAACGACCAAUACACACUCCAGCUCCAGCUUGCUUAUUACGACAUUGGAGGAAUCGAGCAUUUGAACUUGAAAGAGCCAGCAACCUGUGACUUGAUUGCAUCAACGGGUCUUGCAAUGGCAAAGAUGAAUUUAAAUGCCUGGAAUGAAAACGGUUUGACGCGGAUUUACGGCAAUCUUGCCCAUUGGGCACGGGAUGUCUCGCAAGUGGAUGAAUUUGAAAAGUCUAUUGUGGAAAGGGGAAUUCUCCUACUCAAAUACAAUGGAAUGAAUAGAAAAGCGAUGGAAAUUGCUGAAACGGUAUUGAAAGGACCCAUUGUCGAUGAUUACUUUAGAAUAUUUUUGCAUUUUCAGUUGUGUUGCAUAUCGGCAAGACUUCAAGAUCAUUCUGUAUGCAAGAAGUCAAUAGCACAACUACAAUCAUUGAUUGGCGAAACAAAGCAUUUGCGAUUUGAAGAUGUGAUGAAUUACAAGAUCGAAAGUAUCAAAUUGCUUGCAAUGGAAGAUUAUGAAACUGCAAGGACUAAAUUCAAAUCGUUCACAUCCGUCCUCAAACUGAGACCUGAGUUUGAUCUCAACCAAUCUAAGUCAUUAUCCAUUUGGGAGAAGUUGAAAAACUUUUUGAUUUUGGCCAAAUCACAAUUGCUAGCUGCUCAAAUCAAUGUUGACGAUCUUGCAUGUUCACAUUCGUGCCUCCAAAAAGCUUUGAGAAUUCUUUAUUUGAUUUUAAAGAAAUGUCCAACGGAUUCCAAGAUCUCAUCGGCGAAUGAAAUUAUGUGGGAGACGAAGACUUUACUCCUUGAAGUGUUCAAUCUUAUCGUUGGUUCGUUGGCAGAUUUAGGCUUGUCCAAGACUAUACCCGUUUAUUUAGUUCAAUGGAACAAGUUGAAUGAAUCGGUAGAGGCUCCGUUAGUGAAUCAAAUCAAUAGAUACAAGAUCCGGAUCUAUGGAAUCCUCCUGAAGCUGGAAAAUUUCACAAAGAGUACUCAGGAAAAUUGUGAGCUCGUCCAAGCAGACCCCACAGUGCAAUGGCAUAAACUGGUUUUGCAAUUACUACUACAUCAAGAACAAGUUGAGCUCCACAAAUCGGAUUCUCAUCUCUUCGCAGUGAGAGAGAACCCAUUUCUUCGAUACGCGACCCAGCAUGAAGAAAUUCACCACUUUCAAGAUUCUCUUGCCCGAUGCUUAAGUCGAUUGAAUAACUUCAAAGCAGUUGGCUCCUUUUCUGGUGGUGUGCAGUUAUUCCCGUCAAUUACCCGUGCAAAAUUGUGUUUAGAUGACAACGCCAUGGAGGUAUAUCUUGACUUGGGUAAAAUCAAGGAUUCAUUGUUGGGCCAAGUCCAUCGGCUAGAGUUUGCAAUCGUCGAGCAAAAGAGGUUGUACUAUACAUUGUUGCAAUGUGUCCACUUGAUUUCUUCAAUUAGCGCAUACAAUGGCCAAGAUUUACUAUUUCAAAUGUACUUUAUGCAAGAUUGGAUCAAGGCUAAGCCGCUUGUUGAUGAGAGGAGGUUAACAUUGAUGGAUGAGAAAAAAUUAAUUCCGGAGGUGUCGCAACCGAAGCGACUUUCACAUAGCCAGCAAUUAAGCCAGUUCAAGUCUGAUUUAUUGUUUUUACCUGCCAAUUGGAGUGUUUUCACUAUCGAUAUAUGCGAGGUAACAGGAGACUUGUUACUUUCCAAGUUACAAUCUGGACAGUUGCCCACCUUUGUGCGCCUUUCAUUGACAAGAUUCAAAGAACGAGAAUCAAUAAAGACUUUGACAUUUGACGAAAUGAAGAAGGAGUUUGAACGUAUUUUUCAAGCGAAUCGAGAGUCGACUCUAUAUUCGACCACAUCAUUGGUAAAGACGAUUCAAGAUCGCAAGAAAUGGUGGAAAACUAGAUUCACAUUGGACUAUGAGUUGCAAGAGCUUUUGCAGCAUGUGGAAAAGUUUUGGUUUGGAGGAUUUCAAGGAAUUUUUGGGUCCCUUGCAUCCUCUUUCAAUGAAUUUAAACUUGAUUUAACGAGAAUCUUGAGAACUCAUAUAUCCGACAGUAUUGAACGCACUAUAACGUUGAAUGAUGUGGUAUUUGAAUCAUUUUACGGUUUAAGGCGUUAUGACCGUGCAUGCGUGGAUGACUUGCUUUCUUUUUUGAUGGACUUACUCAGCUUCCACUCGAACGUUGAUAAUGCUAGUAUCAAUUUUGAGAAAAUACACGAAUCAAUUCAAGAUUUGCUUGACAAGUAUCAGAAAAGAGAUCAGUUUGGUCACGUCGUAUUGAUCCCAAGUGCUCGCUGCUCGUUUUUUCCAUGGGAGUCAUUGCAAUUCUUGAGGGGUAAAUCCGUAACUAGGAUGCCUAGUGUGUCUAUGCUAACUGAAGUUUUGAAAAAAAAUCCGUCUCGAGUAAACAGCAGUGAGGUGUAUUAUUUGAUUAACCCAGGGGGGGAUUUGAAAACCAGUCAACAACGCUUCCAGCCAUUGAUAAACAAGCAUAAGUCAUGGAAGGGGUUAGCUGGUGUCAAGCCCGAUGAGAACAAGAUUGUGGAUGAUAUACUUGCUUCCAAAUUGUUUGUUUACAUUGGACAUGGAGGCUGUGAUCAAUAUGUCAAGUCCAGAACAUUGUUCCAGGCAACAGAGCAUCGUGACUUACCCCCGUGCUUAUUGAUUGGAUGUUCAUCAGGUAGUUUGCAAGACCAUGGCCAAUUUGAACCGCUGGGAGGAAUAUUCAGCUGGAUCAAUUGCGGGUCUCCUCUUGUUCUUGCAAAUUUAUGGGACGUUACCGACAAAGAUAUUGAUACAUUCACAAACUCGACUUUUAAAUACUGGGGGCUUCACCAUGACACCAAAGAGAAAGUUGACAUUGCAGAAGCAGUGCGCAUGAGCCGAGAUGUGUGCAUUCUCAAGUAUCUCAAUGGAUCAGCUCCAGUCAUCUACGGUUUACCCUUGAUGACAAGUUAA